AUGCGGAGCGGCGCGGGGCUGCUGCUGGUGCUGGGCGCCGCGGGGGUGCUGCUCCUCCGCCUCCUCCUCCUCCUGCCGCGGCGGGCACGCCGCGCCCUGCCCGCUGAAGGAAAGGCAGUGCUAAUAACAGGCUGUGACAAAGGUUUUGGACAUGCCUUGGCAAAAUGCCUUCAUGAAAAGGGAUUUACUGUUUUUGCUGGAUGCUUGCUCAUGGAUAAGAAUGGAGAUGGAGCUAGGGAGCUACGGAACAUGAAGUCAGACCGGAUGAAAGUGCUACAGAUGGAUGUGUGCAGUGACCAGGAGGUGGCUCAGGCUGUGGAUUUUGUGAAGAGGACCCUGAGGGAGCCAGAGGAAGGUCUGUGGGGCCUAGUGAACAACGCUGGCAUCUCGACCUUUGGAGAGGUGGAAUUUGCAAGUUUAGACAACUACAAGAAUGUGGCAGAGGUCAACCUAUGGGGCACUGUGAGGGUGACAAAGGCUUUCCUGCCCCUCAUUCGCAGAGCUAAAGGCCGUGUGGUGAAUAUCACAAGCAUGUUGGGACGCAUGGUGAGUCCAUCUCGCUCCUGCUACUGCGUUUCCAAGUUUGGGGUGGCAGCUUUCUCCGACUGCCUGAGGCAGGAGAUGUACCGCUGGGGGGUCCGCGUCAUCCUCAUCGAGCCCAGUAACUUUGUGGCAGCCACCGGCAUCCUGACAGCAGCGGGCAUCGACAGGGAGGCUGAGGCCCUGUGGAGGGGGGCCACUGACACGGUGCGGGAGGACUAUGGCAGCGAGUACUUCACUCGCCACGUGGCCAUGAUGAAGUCCUUUGUGAACAGUGGCCUGAAGGACAUGUCUCUGGUCUUGAGUGACAUCACCGAAGCGCUCACGUCCCCAUGUCCGAAGAACCGCUACAACCCCAUGGAGACCUACUGGUGGGUGAGGCUGCAGGUCAUGACCCACCUGCCCACAGCCAUUGCUGACUGGCUUUACAUCCCUGGAGCCAGCCUGUAAACAGGCAUCCUUCAGGCAUCCCUCCAGAGCUCCUACUCACACACAGGUUAGGGCUGACCUCUG